CCUCCUCCAUCCAUCACUAACAUCAACUAAAGACGUGCUCCUUUGCUAGGGUCGGUGCUCCCGACUGGAGCGACGGGGGAGGGCGCCUCCGAUCCCUCCUCCCCAUCCCAGCCUCCGCUCGGGGUUUUACUGCAGCAGCCGGAGGUGACAGCGCAGCCACAGUCUCCUCUGUCGCCGUCGGAGCCCCAGCUCUCCCUAGCAUUGGGAAAGCUCCCCGCCUCCGGAGAUGCUAGCCUCGGGAGAAGUGCUGAAGAGCUACCGAAAGGCGAAUUUUUAAAAUGUAGAAGUCUCUGGGCUGCGUUCCUCGGCGGACAGCCCAAUCUCCCAGGACCCAAUGGCAGCGCAUGGGAAGUUGGGACCUUAAAGCGAGGGGGGAGGGGAGCGGUGCAGCCUGCAUUCUCUUCGGGAAGGAGUCGCUGCGAGCCCUGCGGUUGGACACAAGUUUGCGUAACAGUGUUUUCUUUUUGUCAAUUAUUAAUCACCGGAAUGAGUUUGGCAGAAUUGGAGUUUUAGCAAUAGUGCAGAGGGCGGGGCCCGAACACCUAACUCCCAGAGCCUCCUCGGCGCCCGGCGCACUGGGAAGCUCGCCGCCUCUGCGGAGGAGCCAGCUCAUCCGAGCUCACCUGAAGCCGGGAGGAAAGACUUUCUACAACCUGAAGAAGCUAACCAUGGAUUUCAAGCGCGUGAAGGAGUAUUUUGCCUGGCUCUACUAUCAAUACCAAAUCAUCACUUGCUGUGCUGUCAUGGAGCCCUGGGAGCAAUCGAUGUUCAACACCAUCUUACUAACCAUUGUUGCUAUGGUAGUGUACACUGCCUAUGUCUUCAUCCCGAUCCACAUCCGCCUAGCUUGGGAGUUUUUCUCAAAAAUAUGUGGAUAUCACAGUUCAAUUGCUAACUGAUCUCAGCUGCAUUCUUUGAAAUGGCAUUGCGUAUUCACGUCACUUACAACUUAGAUGACUGUGUCGUUUUUCACUGUCUGACCUGACCAGAACUCUUUCUAUGCACUGUUAUACCCUGCCUGGAGUAUGAGAUAGCUGUCUGCCUAGUUGCUUUUGUAUGUUCUAUACUGUGCAUCAGAUGAUAGAAAAUGCAAUGACUUUACCUCACACCCCACAUCCACUCAACUCAACUCUAUGGCUUUAGAUUUUUUUUUUUUUGAAAUUAGGAUGCUUUCAAAUCAAUUUUUUUCUGGAAUAUAGGCUUAUAAGAGAUCUGCCAGUGUCAUAUUUAAAAUAAUCCCUUCAUACCUAUUCUAGACUGAAGGAUAUGUUACAAAAAAUUUCUUCAUAGGCUACUGUCAAAAGUAUCCUGUUCUUGUUUACAAUCUAUUCAAAGAUGUGAAUAAAAUAUAUGAAACUUUAAAGCCUUAUUUUCUGGUAAACAUAAAAUUAUUUUACUUCAAAUACAAAAAGAAUAGGCUGGAGAUAUAUAUUUUCUUUCAGACAUGGCUCACAGAUAAUUUCAAAUGCCUCUAAAGUCUGGCUUCAUUGCAGUUUAAAAUCAACAUUGAUUUUUAGAUAAACAAGUAAAUGUUAUACUAGAGAAUAAUUUAAGUUUAAGAAACAAAGUCAAAUUAAAGCAAUUCACAUACUUUAACUUUUGAUAUUGCCCUACCUUGCAUGAUGCUGAAAGGA